AGCAGGGAGCCGGCAGCCACCCGGGCAGGGGCGCCGUGGCCGGCAGGAGGUGGGCACGGAGGGCAUGGACUUGGAGGCAGACCGACCAUACGUCCCUCAGGGGACUCUGGAGACAGACUUCCCGACCCCGUUGUACAGGGACGAGUACCUCACGCUCCACGGGCCCCGCAAUGCCCCCGUCCUGAAGCAGGCCGUGCGCUGGAAGUGCACCCCCAUGGGCCAAGACGCCAUCCCCCAGACCUGGUACACGGGGCUGACCAACAGAGACAACCGAGACACCUGGUACACGCUCCCCAGCGGCCUGAGCCGCGAGGCCUACCACCGCUGGGCCUGCUCCCAUGCCGAGAGAGAGCGGAAGACCUUGCCCCCUGCCUAUGCCCAGCACCUGCGGGAGGUGUCAUGGUUUGACCCCGUGGUCCCUGCUCAGUACCUGGAGCCCAGUACCAGGUGGGGGGCCUUCCGGUGGCAAGACAGACCCGUCCUAGGAAAGGAGCAUGUUGUCAACCGUAACCGUGCCAGCAGUGAGCUGAAGGGCCACGCUGGCUACAUCCCCUACCUGGCUGCCCACACGCCCGCCUUCACCACCAGGGACCUGCGCACCUGGACGCUCUUCAGCCACCAGCCAUCCACCAACCAGUAAACACUGCUGUGCCCCAGGCUGCCUCCGUGGGGGCUGGGAGUGACUGGGGCUGGGAGGUUCAGGGGCUGCGAGCUGAGUCACCCCCGUGGCCUGAGUUGUUGGGCUGCCAGGGGCCCCCCUGCAAUGAGCCUGGCUCUGGGCUUGUGGCUAGCAGCCCUGGGUAUUCGCGCCAGGCCUGCAUCUGUGCAGGCUGAGCUGGCAGCAGGCCCUUCCACCCAUGCACCUGCCUCAGCCGCCAUGCCACCCCCAACGGGCUCCCCCGGGCACACAGCCUCGCCUCAUGAGAGACUCCCGUUUGCCUUCCCAGCUCUGCCCAACAGCUGAGCCCUGGGGCCGGAAUGAGGGGCAACCAGAGGAGUUAACAGCCCCCCCCCCCGGCCCCUCCAUUUGUUUCUGCCACGGCAAGGCACUGGUGCUGCAUGUAGACCCCGUUCCCUGACCUCCCUUCCCCUGGCAGCAGGUGCCAAGGGCACAACCUGCUCUGGGCUCUUCCCACACUGGCCUGGGGCCUUGUAGGGGACAUGGCUGAUGCUGGGGGCAGGGGUUCCGGCCCCCCAGGGUUCACUUGCUCUGUUCUUCCACAGCACCACUGCUGCUCUGAGCUGGCCAUGCCCAGGGCAGGGCUCACCCACCAUCUUGCCACUGUGUUGUUCCCGCUGCAGGCAGCCCCCGGGGCUGGCAGCUGUUCUGCCCUAGCAGCUUCCUGAGACCAUCUCCGGGCCCUAGGACUCUCCGGCCCAGGCAGCUGGGUUUAUCUGCCCCUCCCCCAUCUCUCCAGGACCCACUCCCCCACCUGCACCCCCACAGACUCAUAGAAUACAAGG